UGAAACGGUGUUUACAAAAAUUUUAGCUUUUUUUUUAAAAGCUGUCAUUGCCUCAAGACUUAUCACAAAUGAGUAACAGUUUUGAUUUAAUGAUGUUUAGGUUUAAUUUGUGGGCCAAGCCGUUUUUCCCACCACCCCAGUCUGUGGGUCCAGGGAUGGAGAACUCUACCUAUUUACCCAACCCUUUGACGUCCCCUGCCCUCAUGGUGCUGGCAAGUACAGCUGAGGCGACCCGAGACGGCACCCGGCACCCUGCGCCACACCCUUUCCCUGGCCAAGGGGUUGCGGACAAGGAUGGUAUGGUUUCGCCCUACAGCAGCUCUUUCCCCACCAUGUACCGACAGGGUGACCCUUUUCCCUCGCCCAUGUAUGCCCCCCUCCCCCCAUUUGUUCGCCCCUCCCUGGAGCGUGGGGUGGGUUUCAUCAACCCUGGAGGAGGAAGUGCAUUUCGUCCAGUGUCAACCACUGGGGAUGCCUCUGAGGGUUAUCAGUCUGCUUUUACUCCAGCUAAACGGUCAAAACAUGAGGAAUCUGAAACUACUGGACUUUUCAGUAAUGGUCGGACAGAUCGUGGUCAGUUGGGCCUGGAGAAAAAACAUGACACCUCGUCAAACAGAGGUUCUCCAGUGGUCAAGGAAGAGAGACCAUCAAGCAACCACUCUUUGUGUGACACAAACUCUGAAUCUCAGUCAGAACAUGGAGAUUUAGGGGAUCGAAACACGCCAGAUGAAGGCCGAAAUCUAAGAAAACAGAGGAAGCGCAGUUUGUUAGAUGGCCAGACACCAUGUUGUCCAGUCUGUGGCAUCACUCUCAGGUCUGGUGAGGUAGAAGCUCAUUACAUCAUGGAACUGGAAAAACUGGACAAAAUCUCAAGAAAUGGAAAGAAGUGUACAAGAGACUCUACGCCACAAGGAAAGAAGGGCCAGUUGUCCCCAUCCACUAGCAGAGCAGGGCGUGAGUCUCCCGUGGAAUCCGACUGUAUUCCAAACUCCAGGUUUGAGACAUACCUUAGGAUCAAGUGUAACCGGCAAAACAGAUUAAGUGCAAGGAGUAGAAGCAAGAGAAAGAAGCCAGAUGAAGCUGCCUGCCCAAUCUGUAAUGAGAAGUUGAGCGGCACCCCAGAAGAACUCAAUGAUCAUGUGGAACAGUGCCUCAAAAGGCGAGGGGAGGUGGAGGAUGAGCCUGUGGAUGUUGAGGGGGACGGGGAACAGUUCGAGGAGUACACCUGGGCAGGGCAGACACGUGUCCGAGCAACUACCAUGCUGCAGGGAGGAUUUUCCAAUUUUGGGUUUCAAAUUGCAACUAAACGUUGUGGUCAAGAUGAAGAUGUGGAUUUAAAUGUGGAUGGAGAUGAGACUGAAGUGUAUGGGAAACCUCAAUUUAGUGAAGCAGAUAUCAUCCCAUGUAGCUCUGAUGAACCAGCUGAGGAUCGAGCCAGGCAGGCAUUGCGUGGAGCAGUUCUAGAAUUUGGUUCAACCCCUCCACCUAGUGCAUCUCCCAGUUUAGCAAUGGAUCUAAGCAAAUCUGCCAAGGAUGGUUGUGAGAAUGGUAAAGAGAAUGGAGAGCUACCAUGUUCAGACCUAUUAGAAGAUGCCAGUAUGUCAGGCAGCGCAGGGGAGAUAAUAAAGUCACUGAAGGCAAAACUGAAGGAGAGGGAUCUGGUGAAGGGAGAUAAAUUCAAAUGCCUCAUUUGUAUGGAGGCAUACUCCAAACCACUGGUGUCAACACAGUGCUGGCAUGUCCAUUGUGAGGAGUGCUGGUUGAGAACCUUGGGUGCCAAGAAGUUGUGCCCACAGUGUAACAUGAUUACCUCCCCUUCUGACUUACGACGACUCUACUUAUAAUGGACACUCUACAAAUAUGGAGUCACUUCAGAAUUAGUGAUGUAACUUUUCUGCGAAAAUGGUUUAGAAGUGACAACCAGACACAUGAAGCAUACUAAUGAGGAUAUACCAGGCACUUCAUCUUCGUCUCUUGUAAUGCCAAAUUAUUUUCUUCUGGAGAGACCCAGCUCAUUGUCUUCAUUUUUUCUUAAUCUCUGAACUUUUGUUAAUUUUAUUCUGUCAGUGCUUUUAUUUACUGUGUACUUAUCCAUUUGGAACUUAAAAAGAAGUUCAAAAAAACUAAAUUUUGAGUCUAACAUUCUAUGUACAAGGUGAAACAGUCCUUAGUUCUGAGCACCACUGUGCAUGUUCUAGCACCAGUUAACAUUCAUACAAACCACCAGUGCUAAAUGUAUGGAUUAACUAUCACAUUGUAAAAUUAAGUAUUUCUGUGUACCAACAGAUGUGAACACAUACGGAAAGAAGUUUGAUGGUCAACACAUGUGAUUUUACGUCCAUUCUAAGCUAAACACAAAUGAGAUCAAGUUAAAGAAAUAUGUGGGAUACCUGGGAGAUAUUUUAGCUGGAACAUUUUCUUUAUUCUGUAUUCUAACUUGGCAUGCUACUGGUAUAUCUUCAUAUGGAAUUUGAAUGCAAAAAAAAGGUGUUCAGCUGUUGUUAGAGGUAUUUUUUGCAGUGGUGAUGCUGACUUUGGCCUUUCUCCCAGUAACUUCCUUUUUAUCUGCACUUACACAUGAUAAAUGACAGCAUAUGAAAAACACAUAUGCAGGUGGAUAUCUUUAAAGUUAAAAAAAACUCACCAGAAUAUUUGGUGCUGCCAAUAUAAGCAGGUCUUGGUGGAAGUAUGUGAACAUAAUAGGUGAAUGCAAUGUUCAUUUGACAUGAUUCAAAAUUUGUGAAAUGUGAACCAAUUUGCUAUUUAAGGGCUAAAAUCCAUUUUAAUGUACUUUGAUGCCAAAUUCUGUGGUUAAGUUUAUCAAAAGGUAAAUUUAUUUUAUUUUUGUUACUGGAAAUCCAGAACAAUGAACAUAAAAUACAUAACAAAAUGUAAUGAUAUGUAAUUGAAUUUGUAUAAAGUGAAAAAAUAUGACGUACUUAUGUGCAUAAGAGUGUACUGUAUGUUACACUUUAGAGGACAUUACUUCAAGUGUGAAUUGUGAUGUGUUGAUUUGAGAGGAGUGAUGGGAAGUUCAAAAUUACAGAUCUUUGCUGUGUUUAUAAAAAGGACAUUCAUUUCCUUGGAAAUGCAGAAACAAUUAUUUCUAAAGAAUUUUUGAUCAUGAGGAUGUGUUCAGAACUGUUUUUUGUACACAGUAACAGGUGUUCCAUCAGUAUUUGUUUAUAAAUACUAUAUAUAUGAACAUCUUCAUCUGUGAGAGAAGAUUUAUUGCAUUGUUUGUUAGAGAUAAUGAUAUAUAUACAUGUAUAAUGUUCCUCCUGCAGUGAGUUGAAAACUAUCUGCAGUUAACGAGUUUCUAAACUCAUACUUGUUAAUGUUGCCUGGAUGCAGUUUGGCAUGGUUUCCAGGAAUUGCUUGUGACAUCUAACUGUUGUAAUGUUUAAUGCCGUGUACAAUGUUAAGAGAUGGUCAAGCACCCUGAUUAUUUGGCUUGUAUACAGGUAAAUGUACCUCACUUUAUGCAGCGUCAUGUGGACUGGAGCAUAAAAAUAUUUCAACAGGUAGCCAAUCAAGCACAAACAAUAAUAUCAUGGAGUGCACAACUGUCUGAUUUUACAUAUCCAGAUAGCUAUAAUGUCAUGUAAUACUAAUUGUUUCUGUUUGAGAAAUAGAAAUGUAACGAAAUGUAAAAAUUCUUUUCUUAGCAUCGUCUUCGACAAAUAAUCUCUUGUUUUCCACAAACACAACCUAGCUAUGCCCAAAGAAAUCAAAAUCCCCAGCUGGGUAUGAAAGUGUGUUCCCAGAAACGAGGUUGCUUAUAUUCUUCACAUUUGUUGUGAAGUCGCUUUUUUCCCCCCCAAGGCAAAGGAACCAUGGAUUUAAUUUCCAGAAAGGUCCAAAACAUACACUGUACAUAUACAUGCUUUGACAUGCCACAAUUGUAAUGAGGCUAAUGGAAUGAUAAUGGUGGUUAAAAUAUAAUGUAGGGAACAAUGUUUUCAAAUGUAAUUGUGUUGUAUAUGGUUUCUAACAAAUUUCUUUCUCUGGUUGUGUCCAAACUGUAUAAAGGUUGUCUCAUCAGUCUCUAUCAAGCUGUUAUGAGGUUGUUAUCAAAUAUAUAUAUGAACUGAGGUAGUGAGGAAAACUAUACAGAAGCUUUAGGAUGUCCUUGGGGUAAAAGUGUUUUGAGAUAUAAAGGAAAUUUUUAAUUACUUUCUUCUGAUUUUCUCGAAGCAUUUGAGUCCGUAGUAAUAUUGGAUAAGUACAUGUAUAUAUGUCAUCUUUGCUGAUAGAUGUAUUUCAACAUACCGGUAACUAUUUCAGCUAGGUGAUUUUUUGACAUGGGUUUCCAUUAUACCAAAAUGUCUUUUGUGCAUAGGAAUAAGACAGAUCUUACCCUGUUCUGAGACCGGCUGGUAUGAAAAUGCACAAGGUCAGAAGUUUAUUACAUGUGGGAAGAAAUUAUUUUUAUUUAUUUUUUUUUAUUA